GUAAAAAUUGGUUCACCUCGUAGAAUCCGCCCCCGUUGUUCCACUCUUCAAUGCUCAGCGGCAAUGGACCCCGAGACCCUCAAACGACGCCGUCGAAGCAGUACCAGCCUCAACAAUGUCCUUAUCAGAGAGAAGAGGUUGAAACGCAGUGAGGUACUAUCAAGGAAGAAAGCCGUUGAAGAACUCAUCAAAUCAGCACGUGCCGAGAAGGACCACCUCGCUUCUUUCCCCGCCUUCAGCCACUUCAACAGAAAUGGUCUCUCUGUGUAUUUGAAGUCAGGACAUGGCAAUAAACUUUCCUCUUCAGUUAAGCAUUAUAUUCGGAGUCUCCUUAAGCUAAACAUGGAAGGACCGUAUGGAUCAGAGUGGCGAGAGGAAGAAAAGGUGAAGCGCAGAGAAAUGGUUGCUCCGGAAGCACGUUAUAUAUUCGUGCAUGAGGUUGUUGUUUCCAAUUCAAAUGCUGAUGAUAUGCCAAAGAUGUUGACGACGGAAGAAGAGACUUCGACUAGUUGCGUAGAUGAUAGUUUCCCCUUGGUUGGAUUUGUACAUUACCGCUUUAUUUUGGAGGAGGAGAUACCGGUGCUUUAUGUGUAUGAGUUACAGGUUGAGCCUCGUGUCCAAGGGAAAGGACUCGGGAAGUUUCUAAUGCAACUAAUUGAGCUUAUGGCCCAAAAGAACUGCAUGGGUGCUGUCAUGCUAACUGUUCAAAAGGCAAACUUAUUAGCUAUGAAUUUCUAUAUAAGUAAGCUGAGAUAUAUCAUAUCAACUACGUCACCUUCGAAAGUUAAUCCAAUGAUGGGGAUUGAGAAGAGUUAUGAAAUUCUUUGCAAAACAUUUAAUGAUGAAGCUAAAACUAUUUUGGAGGUGACGGAAAACAAAAGCUUCUGAUUGCAUAUGAUCUGUGAACCUUGUGCUCUAUUCUAGGACCUGCUCGCUCCUAUGUCAAAUCUAGUUAAAAUUUCCAGUACGAAGUUCUUCAUCUUCUGGGAACACAGAACAUGGGAGCAAUAAUCUCUUGGCUUCUUCAUUCUUUGUAUUAUCAUAGUAAUACCUCAAAACAUUUAUAAAUUUUAAUCAUAUUUUGAUUAACAUGGUGCAUGGGCAUAGACUUUUGCAAUGAUAUCAAGGCUGCAUUCCACUCUUCCUGACAUUAUUGUCCCUUUAAACUGCAAGCAAUAGCUGUAAUUACAAUUGGUAAUCAUUUGCAUUCUUUGGCAAUUUUAUGUCCCUUAUCUAGCAAACUCUUAGAUGCACUAUGGCCUAUGUCAGUAUGCUUUACAAACAGGGUCCGGUGUCCUCCUUAGAUUAGUGCACCAGUUGAAUUAUCCUCUUACAUUCCAUUAAGUGGCUUACGGAUAGAUUUACCUGGGUAACACGUGAAAUUUCUCACUAGUUUGACCAUUAAAUUUAAAGUUCUUGUCAGAUAUUUAAUAUCUCUCUCUCUCUCUCUCUCUCUCUCUCUCUCUGUGUGUGUGUGUGUGUGUGUGUGUGUGAAACAUAAGCAGAUGAUGGGCAGAAUCAAAAUUCAAAGCCACUUGCAAUCUGACAUAUGUACCCUGAAAGCAUGCUGGUAUGGGCUACAGUGCAUCUAAAAAUUUGCUGGAUUAGUGACAUAAAAUUACCAAGAAUGCAAAGGAUUACCAGUUGCAAUUACAGUUAUUGCUUGCAUUUUAAAGGGCCAACAAUAUCACGAAAGAGUGGUAUGAAGCCUUGAUAUCCUUGCAAAAGUCUGCCCAUGCAUGGUGUUGAUUCAAGUAUGAUUGAAAUUUGUAAAUUUUUGAGGUAUAGCUACGAUAAUAUGAAGUAGCUAUGAGAUUUUUGCUCCUGUGUUAUGUGUUCCAGAAGAUGAAGAACUUCGUACUGAAAUUAGCUAGAUUUUCUAUCCUUCACUUCAUUCUGCUGUUGACAUUUAUACGGUGACUCAGUGAUCCUACAAUUGGCUCCAGAGGGAGUUGAAGAGAUAAUGUAUAUUGAUAAUUUACCUUACAAAAAAAUUUCACCUCCAUAUUUCUAAUUCAUAAUUUUUCCCCAUGCAUCCAUAUUUUUGUUUGCAGGAUAGUGGAUGAGUUGGGGAAAGACUGCUCAACCUGUUGGUCUCAUAUUUAUAGGCUUCUUUAUUGUACUAAUUGAGUUCCCCUGUUCCUCGCACAUUUUUCCUCAUAUAUUGUGUUCUUUUUGUUUGUUUGUUUCCUCUGUUAAUGUAAAAGGGUUUUCUUUCUCAUGUUGUGAAUGCCAGUUGCUAAAGAUGAAGUGGGUCUUACUCUUCGGUAUCCAAAUGUUAAUUAUGAACGUAAGGAACUAAGGAUGAUGAAAUACAGAUAUUUAUCAUUCAAUUUCAAAGUAUGUCUGAAAUCAAACGCCACGUUCCGUUGGGUAACUCAGCCAAACAAAGAGAUUUCUGGUAUCAAAAGCCAAAUGGUGUUCAUGAUUGUGUGCCAUGUUAUAUGAAAAGUAGUACAUUGGUAUUAUGUUAUUUUAUU